GAGCUUGGCUGGUUGCAAGUUAUGCGCAUGGUGCUCGGAUUUAGUUGGAUUAUCGGCUGUUACCAAACGCUUACGUCGAACACAAUCAUGCUGCUAUCCGUUAUUCGAAGACGUUUUAUCGUGUUGAACAUACAGAUUGAGAAGUAUUUGGACACACUUCCGGUCGAUUCUAAGUCGGGGGCCAAACACCACCGUAAAAUGAUGCGGAGUUUUGCUUUGAUGCAUGCACUGUUGAGCGAUUCGGUGCGUUUGUUCAACGAUUGCUUCUCCAAGCAGGUCAUGUUGGCACUGGGGUGUGCGUUCAUUUACACGUUGUUUGCGAGUUUUGGGCUGAUACAUUCCUAUGCAGCUGUUCAUGUGGAUGCGGUGAUGAUCAAAGUGACCAGAUCGAAUAUGAUCUUCAGCGGGUACUUUAUAUUGUUUGUGUUCCAGUUAAUCGUUGGCUGCAAUUGGUUAAACUAUGAGUGCAAAAGAUCCCGUGUUAAAAUUCACAAGGCAAUUUGUUAUCAACGGUAUGACAUAAAACGUUUUAGAGAAUACAAGUUCUUCUCCCAGCAGCUGAUGCAUCAUGCUCCAUCAGUGUCAAGUGGAUUGUUUGAUUUCGACUGGACUCUAUGCUAUACACUAAUUGGCUCUUCGACCACAAAUCUGGUGAUACUGCUUCAGUUUGAUUUCAUCAAUUUGAAGAUUUAGAAACCCUGGAGAAGCAUAAUCAUGACAUGCAGGAUAUUUAAUGGAACAAAAUUACGAUUAUU